AUGGAAGAAGUUCAAAAAACUCAAAAUGAUGAAUCAUCAUCUGAAGAUUGGACAAUUACUUUUUGUGUUAUCGGUAAAGCUUGUUCAAAUACUCGUUUACUCUCCGCACUUGAAGAUCGUUAUGCAUAUGAAUGUAUAAAUAAUGAAGAACAAGUUCUUCGAACAUUAUCCGAAACCAAACAAUUAUUAACUAAACGUCAAUUACGCAUAUAUGUCAUUGAAUCAUUUGAUGAAAGUUUAUUUUAUAAUUUAAAAGAAGAUGAAAAUAUUUACAUAAUUAGUGCUGAACUUGUAUUAACUUGUGCUGAAAAGAAGAUUGAUAUUCCGGUACCACGAAGAAAUCGUCCAUUGUAUUCACAACAUCUUUCUUCAGCUAUUAUUUGUUUUGUUGGUGGUACUCGUCGAGAAAUACAUACGAAAUUUAGUGAUAUUGUUCAUUACCUGGGUGGAUCAGUUCGAAAAGAUUAUGGUGAUCAAGUAACUCAUGUUGUUUCAUUUGCUAAUCUUGGUGAAAAAUAUCUUACAGCUUUUAAUAUGGAAAGAAGUGAAAUUCUUACAGAAGAUUGGUUAUUAGAAUGUUGGAAAGAACGUGAUAAUCGUACAUUUGAUGCACUUAAUACAGAUUUUAUUCGAAUGUAUCGUGCAAAACCAUUACAUAAUCUUAAUUUGUUUUUUUUUGGUGCUGCUGAUGAAACUGAACAACGACAUUUACAUACACUUACUCUUGAUAAUGGUGGAUUUACUACAAAUGAAAUAUCCGAUGCGACACACAUUGUCUUUUGUAAUGGUAUGGAUGUUAAUAUAUUUCUAUCUGCUUAUCCAUUAUACAAACGAAAACAUCGUCAACAUAUUGUUAAUGUUCAGUGGUUUUGGGAAUGUUUAUGUUUAAUGGGUAAAGCUGAUGAAUCAACAUAUUCAAUAAAAUUACCUGGUAUGAAUGAAACAACAACACCUGAUUCUCCACGUUCAACAUUACUAUCAUUAUCAACAUUAUCACCAUUAUCAACAUCAAUAAAUGAUUCAAAUUAUAUACAACAACAUAAUACAACAACAUCUGUUAAACGAAAACGACGAAAAGAAUCAAAUACAAAUAAUAAUGAUAAUAAUACAACACCAAAUACGAAACGUUUUAAUAGUAGUAAUGAAAAUGAAAAUGGUCUUGAUGAUGAUAUGAUUGUUGAUAAUUAUGAUAAACAACAAAAAACACCAAUUAUAAAAAAAGAUAAUAAAUAUUUAAUUGGAAUGGAAAUACGAGAAACAGAAAAAAAUUAUGUUACGAUGUUAUCAAAUAUAAUUCGUUUUUUCAAAACAGAAAUGGAAAAAGAUGAUCGUCGUAAUGGACCUAUAUUAACAAAAGUUGAAAGUACACAAAUAUUUGGUAAUAUUGAAGAAAUUUAUCAUUUACAUUUGACUAUUACCGAACAACUUGAUAGAGCUAUUAAUGAAGAUGCUUGUAUUGGUUCAGUUUUCUUAGCAAAUGCUACCGAACUUUUACGUGUUUAUCAACCCUAUACAAAAUUUUAUGAUAAAACAAUUCAAGCAAUACAUUCACUUGAAAAAAGCAAUUCUCGUUUUUAUGCUUUUCUCAAAAUUUGUGAACAUAAAUCAGAAUUAGGCAAACAACAUUUAGCAGAUUUAAUGAUUCGACCAAUUCAACGUUUACCAAGUGUUUUAUUACUUUUAGAACGUCUACUUAAAUAUACUCCAACAAUACAUAAUGAUUAUCAAUUAUUAACAAAUGCAAUUGAUAAAUUACGUGAAGUAGCAAAAAAAUUAAAUGAAGAACGAGGAAAAACAGAAAAACAUCUUUCAUUAUUCAGUAUUGUUAAUAGUAUUGAUAAUUGUCCACCCGAAUUACUUGCUGCACAUCGUGAUUAUUUACAAAAAUUUAAUUUAAUUGAACUUUCACAAGAACUAACAGGAAAACGAACACAUUUAACACUUUUUCUUUUCUCCGAUUGUAUUGAAAUAACUAAAUUACGUGUUAAUACAUGGAAAACACCCGGUGUUAAAUCAACUAAAUCAUAUAAACAUGUUGCAUUAAUUCAACUAAGUGAUAUACGUAGUUUAUUCGAUAUAGCUUCAUCAUCAUGUGAUGAAAAUGAACAGUUCGGUAUGCUUUGUUCAAUAGAUGGUCAAGCACGUCAAUUAAUAUUUCGUGUUGCUGAUAAUAAUAAUAUGUCAAUAUCACGUUCACAUUUAACCGAUUCAAUGACAUCAUUAACAUCUUUAUCAACUAUAUCGAGUUUAAAUCAAACAAGUAAAACAGAAGUUUUACAUCAUUUAGCUAAAGCUAUUGCUGAAGAACGAUGUCUUCUUGAUAAAACGUCACUUAUUGAAAAUGUUGGACCAGAAAAUGGAGCAUUUACACCACUUUCAUCAAUGGAUUUUAUGAGUGAUAAUGAUACAUUAUCAACUCAUUCAACAAUGAGUGCAACAACGAGUAGUGGAUUAAAUUCAGUUGGUAGUGCAUUGAGAAGUAGUUUAUAUAAAGCAAAAAGUCGACUUAGUCGAACAUUUUCAUUUAGUCCAAUAUCAUCAAAAAAUCGUUUAAAAAAAAUGUUAACAUCGAAUAGUUCAUUAUUACAUAUAAAUGAUAAAGAUAAUAAUAAUUUUAAUACAAUGAAACGAUUAAGUGUACCAUCUCGACAAGAUUCAUUUACGAGUGAACGUCAUUUUCCUCAAUCACCGUCGAGAUUUAUGCAUUCAAUAAAAGAAUGUUAG